CAGAUGCCAAAUCCCAUCAGAGGGAGCAAAAACCUUCAACACCCACCAAAACCUUAUCCUAUCAAGCACCACACAUCAUUUCAAACCGAAAAAGAGCUUCCCUCACUUCAAACCUCCAAAAAGUAAAAAGAAAAAAAAAUCUAUGGCAACCCUUAAUUUCACUCCAUCUCCUUCCUUCACUAUCACCAAAAAAGCGUUGCCAAUCAAACUUCCUUCGUUGAAACUCAACUACAGAACAGCCAGAUCCUUGAAGACUACGGUUAGGUCUUAUAAAGUGGUCAUUGAACAUGAGGGCCAAUCCACAGAGCUUGAGGUGGAUCCUGAUGAGAACAUCCUAUCCAAGGCAUUGGACUCUGGCCUGUCUGUGCCCCAUGACUGCAAGCUUGGGGUAUGCAUGACUUGCCCAGCAAAGGUAGUAAGCGGCAAGAUUGACCAAAGUGAAGGUAUGCUUAGUGAUGAUGUGGUGGAGCGUGGGUAUGCACUUCUGUGUGCAUCCUAUCCAAGGUCAGAUUGUCGCAUUAGGACCAUUCCUGAAGAUGAGCUGUUGUCAUUGCAACUGGCAACAUCUAACGACUGAAAUUUAUGUGCUUGAUGUUUUUCAGUUAAGGAUUUUGAUAUUGAACGCAGAAUUUGAGUACAGUAAGGUUAUCUUAUCAUGGAAAUAUCGAAUAGAUUUUGCUGCUUGUUCAUUA